AAAAGCCCAAAAUUGACGCCUUAUCAUCAGAUCGAUCCACCGUCCGCUGUGAUCGCCUCCGUGUCGGACCAACCAAGGUUCUUCCGAUUCAAUUUCACUUCUUAGAUUCCUAUUAGGAUUUUUUUUUUCUUCCAUUUUUCCGAUCAUGGCUGCGAUUCGAUUGACGCCGGAAGAUGCCGAGUUGUUGCAUCAGGCUCGGGCAGCCCCAUCUGCUGUCGACCUGGUCUCCGACGAUGACCGAUCAGUGGCCGCUGACUCUUGGUCCAUCAAGAGCGAGUACGGUAGCACCCUCGACGAUGAUCAGCGUAAUGCCGACGCUGCUGAGGCUCUUUCUGCUGGGAAUUUGCGUGCCGCUUCCGAUUACAGUUCUGACAAGGAUGAAAUAGAAGCAGAUACUGAAGCCGUGUCAUCAAUGCUAGGUCUCCAAAGCUACUGGGAUUCUCAAUAUGCUGAUGAAUUGACAAAUUUCCGUGAACAUGGUCAUGUUGGUGAAGUCUGGUUUGGAUCUGAAGUUAUGGAAACUGUUGCUUCUUGGACAAAAAGUUUGUGUUCUGAUGUUUCUCAAGGUCAGUUUCCCAAUCAAGCUGACAAUGCAAAGACACAGAAUGUUGAACAGGAUUUCAAAUUCUUGGAUGGUUGGAGUGUACUUGAUAUUGGGACGGGAAAUGGUUUGCUGCUUCAAGAAUUUGCUAAGGAGGGAUUCUCUAAUUUGACAGGAACUGACUACAGUGAAGGGGCGAUAGAUCUUGCUAGAAGUCUUGCAGAGCGAAAUGGCUUUUCCAAUAUUAACUUUUUGGUUGAUGAUGUUCUUGAGACAAAGUUGGAAGGGAAAUUUCAACUCAUUGUGGAUAAAGGAACUUUAGAUGCAAUUGGAUUGCACCCAGAUGGUCCUAUUAAAAGGAUCAUGUAUUGGGAAUCUGUAUCGAAACUAGUGGCGUCGGGCGGGUUACUGGUGAUCACUUCCUGCAACAGUACAAAAGAUGAACUUAUGCAAGAAGUUGAGAACUUUAAUCAAAGAACGGUUGGUACCGCAGCAGAACCCGAGUCGUCUGAUGGAACACAAAGAGAACUGCCUACAUUUCAGUACCUCAGUCAUGUUCGUACGUACCCGACAUUCACAUUUGGAGGAUCUGUGGGAUCUCGUGUUACCACUGUGGCGUUUCUUAGAAAAUGAUUGUGUUCGAUGUCAUCUUGGAUCUGUUAUGUACGUUACGCAAAUGUAUGGAUUUGUAGUGUUUGAGCCUACCACUGUUCGCCCCCAAAGAGUCGAUGUUUUUUCUUUUUCUUUCUUUUUUUUUUUUCUUUUUUCUGCUUGAAAACCACGAGACUUCGUUUGUCGUAACUUUUGAACCAUUUUGAGGCUUUUUUUUAGCUUCUGCUUAGGGAACUGAUGUAAUUACAAUGGGGAGUAAAGUAAAAAUGUCUGAAUUACAGCUUCAUGUUAGUAUGGUAUUGAGAUCCCAAUGUCU